GGUAGAAUGAGAAAGAGAGUAUAACAUGUUUUUUUAGUGCUGAAAAACUGCACAUUGAGUCUCAUUUUGGUGGUCAGACUCACUGUCCUGCAAGAUCUCACCUGGACUCUAUCCAUUAGACUCUUCUUUUUACUCUCCUGUUUAUUCAUUGCUACUAUGCUGUCCGUCUGGAUUGUCUUGGUUUCCUGCAUGGAUUUUCUCUUGUACACCUCUGCAGAAGAGGGUCUGGAGUUUCCCAGUUUUGAUGGCAGGGACAGAGUUCUUAAUGUCAAUGAAAGGAACUAUAAGAAGGCUUUAAAGAAGUAUGACAUGAUAUGUUUGCUGUAUCACGAACCCCUGUCUUCAGAUAAGGAGCUCCAGCAGCAGUUUCACAUGAGGGAGAUGGUUCUGGAGCUUGCUGCUCAGGUUCUCGAAGACAAGGAUAUUGGUUUUGGAAUGGUAGACUCACAUAAAGAUGCUAAAGUUGCCAAAAAGCUUGGUCUGGAGGAAGAAGGAAGCAUUUAUGUUUUUAAGGAUGAAAGAGUGAUCGAGUUUGAUGGAGAGCUCUCUGCAGAUACACUGGUUGAAUUCGUGCUGGAUCUGCUGGAGGAUCCAGUGGAGUUGAUCAGUAACUCCAUGGAACAACGCGCUUUUGAGCGAAUGGAUGAAGACAUACGCCUUAUCGGGUACUUCAAGGGUGAAGAAUCUGAGCACUACAAGGCAUUUCAGGUGACUGCAGAGAAGUUUCAGCCAUAUGUGAAGUUUUUUGCCACUUUUGACAAAGGGGUGGCUAAACAACUGACUCUAAAAUUGAAUGAAAUCGAUUUUUAUGAGCCCUUCAUGGAUGAGCCUGUAACCAUUCCUGGCAAACCUAACUCAGUAGAGGAGAUAGUGGACUUUGUUAAUCAACAUAGAAGGCCCACUCUGAGAAAGCUUCGUGCUGAGGACAUGUUUGAGACUUGGGAAGAUGACAUGGAUGGAAUUCACAUUGUUGCCUUUGCUGAGGAGGAGGAUCCAGACGGGUAUGAAUUCCUGGAAAUUUUAAAGGACGUUGCAAGGGAUAAUACAAAAAACCCAGAUCUAAGCAUAAUGUGGAUUGAUCCUGAUGAAUUUCCUCUGUUAACUACUUACUGGGAGAAGACCUUUAAGGUGGACCUUACCAGACCCCAGAUUGGUGUGGUGAACGUGACUGAUGCAAGCCGACAGUGUGUGGUUGAACAUGCUUAACGAUGAAGCUCUACCGUCAGCUGAGGAGCUGGAGGACUGGAUUGAGGAUGUUCUCUCUGGAAAGGUCAAUACUGAGGAUGAUGAUGAUGAUGAUGAUUAUGACGAUGAUGAGAGCGAAGAUGAUAGUAGUGAUGAAGACCAUUAUAGUGAUGACGAUUAAGUGGUAUAUACACUCGGUAAAGGAACGGCAGCUAUGGUUGCCAGAAAGUUACUGUAAAAAAUAUGGUACAG